CUUAUUAUUUUUGACGGAGAACAAAAAUAAUUGUUGAGGAUCAUCGGAUGAGCGAAUCAGUGGAGUACAAUGGAGUCAACGAGCACGGAUGGAAGAAAGUAGUGUCCCGGAAGCGGAAGCAAAAAGCAGCGAACGGAAACCUAGCAAACGGCGAUAAACCGAACGGUGCGACGGCGACUGCGAAUGAAAACCUAGCUUACAGCGAUCAUAACGUGGAGGUUGAUGAAUCGAAUCUGAAGGAGGAAAAAGAAGAAAAAACGGAUUGGGAAGUGUCUCUUUCCAAAGCUUUGGCAAAGAUUGCUCCAUCAGAUAUUGGCGAUUUCCUCGUCAAAGUACUGCCAACGGAUCCGGAUGUAUCGACUUUGCGGCUAGCAAAAUUUCUCGACUUCUAUGAGGAUGCACUUUCCGGAGUACCAUGUCCAUGGCGUGCGAUGCUCCAGGAGGAAGAUUUGCCCAACCUGUUCAAUGUGCUUCAUGUUCCUUUAUCUUGUAUUCCUGAACCUCUCUACAAAGCAUCAGUCGAUUGGCUCGACAGACUAGUUCCAGACUUUCGUUCACGCUGUAGCUUUGUCUUGUUGACGUUUAAUUAUAUUAUCUGUGAUUUAUAUAUACAACGAGGAGGAGUUUUCCAUGCUGAAGAUGUUUGUCCAGGAUAUUAUAAACCAGGUCAUCCUUGCGUAGCUGAGGUGUCAAUAUGUGUUACAUUAGCAAUGAUGUUGCGGAGCGAUCCUCUUCCCUUCAUUAGUGUUUUGCCCACCCUGCGGAGCAAGCGUCAGUAUCAUGGACCCUGCCGGAUUCCGGUUACAAUUUGGUUUAUAGCGCAGGCCUCCCAAGAUAAUUUACCUGUAGGCUUGUAUUCAUGGGUGCAUAACUUGUUACCACUAGUCUCUGAAAACCCUCAGUCAAGUGAUCCCAUCCUAAAGCUGGUUGAGAAAAUUCUGGCGAAACCUCAUGCUCAAACCAUACUUGUAAAUGCUCCUCUUUUGGAUGGAACGCCAGUGAUUCCACCUCAUUCAUUUGAGACCUUGCUGCGGCUUACAUUCCCUGCCACAUCCGCAAGAGAAGAGACUACUACUAGUAGGUUUGAGGCAAUUUAUCCCUCGUUGAAGGAAGUAGCUCUUGCUAAGACAUCAGAAAACAAAGCGAUAAAACAGAUAUUCACUUUAUCUUUGAAAUUAUCUGGAGAAGACAAUCCAGUUUUAGCAAAGGAAGCUACCGCAAUCGCUAUCCGGUCUCUGACCGAAAUCGUUGAUUGCUGGAACCACUGGGAGAAUAUCUACGAGGAGAAUCUAAAAGAGAGUCUUACUUUACUUAAAAAGCUUCUAAGCCGAUGCAAGAACAGUCCACUAAGAAGCAAGGCAAUGAUUCAACAUAUAUUCACUUUUUCUUUGAGAUUAGCUCGAGAAGGAAAUCCUGUUUUACCCCAGCAAGCUACAGCCAUUGCUAUCGGGUCUCUGACCAUUAUCCUUGAUUACUGGAAGCACUGGGACAAUCUCUGUGAGGAGAAUCUAAAAGCUUGUGUUUCUCUUCUUAAAAAUCUUGUAGAGAGAUGUGAAGAUCAUCAUUCCCUCAAAGGAUCACCAUCACCACUGAGUGAAGAAUAUACUUUUCUUACCUAUUCAAUAGGAAGCAAGGCAAUCAAACAAGUCACUCUAGAGAUAUUCAGUUUGUCUUUGAAAUCAGCUAAACAAGUUACAGGAAAUCCUGUUUUAGCCGAGGAAGCUACAUCAAUCGCUAUCUGGUCUCUGACCGAAAACGUUGAUUGCUGGAAGCGCUGGGACAAUCUCUAUAAUAAGAACCUGAAAGUUAGUGUUGCUCUUCUUAAAAAGCUUGUAGACGAAUGGAAGGAUCAUUCCCUCAAAUUGACAUCAUCACCAAGUGAUACUCUCACUCUCAGUCAAACUAUUAAGAGCUUCAUGCUAAAGAACAAAAAAGCCGUCACUGGAAGAAAAGCCAAAGCUUCUCUUUUUAAAGAAGCUGACGAAUCCUGCAAAGUGAUAUCUAGGAGACUCCCUCGUGGAAGUAUCAGCCUCAAAGGUACAACCAUUACUCUUGUGGUUCUAGUUGCUACUGUGGUUCUAGUCGCUGUCGCACUUGUUCUAUAUUCCAACCCGUAGGAUGCUACAGCCGAGCUGCACCUAUAGGUCCAAAAUGCAAACAUCCCAUCUUUCAAAAACUUAUUAAAAGAGAGGAGAAAAGAAAAAACAAAAACUGAGGAAGAAGAUAAAUAGAGAGAGCCAGAGAGGCAUAACUCCUUAUUGUCGUAAGGGUUUCGUUUGUAUGUUCGGUUUAUUUUGUUUUGAGUUUGAUAGUCUGAUUAUGUUAGAAAAUACAGCCGUAAGCCGAAGAAAUUAAGAACUUAAGAAAAUGAAUCCAAAAUAUAUAUACACUAGAG